AUGAAGAAACAACAUGAUCAACAAUUGAUAAGAUUAAAAACUUUAGUAGAUUCAAGUGAUGAUGAUGAUGAUGGUAAUCUAACAACAGCAUCAUCAACUAGUAAUGAUAAUGAUACAGAUCAAUCCUUUAAAAUAACGAAUUUAAUGCGUGAAAAUGAACGAAAAAUUCGUACUUUAAGUGAAAGUUAUAUGAAUAGAUUUCUUUUAAUUGGUCAACAAUUACAAUCAGUACCACAAAUGUCAAAUACAAUUGCAAUGACAUCAACAGCUAGACCAAUUGAUCAAAGAAGACCAGUAGGAAUGAUGUCUGAAAUGAUUUCAUCAGCACCACCACCGCCACCACCAUCAUUAGCUUCAUUUAUUGAAGUGCUUAAACAAUUAAUUAUAAAAGAAGAGAAAAAACGAGAAAAAUCUUAUUUACCUUCCAAUGAUGAUAAUAUAUCAGUUGAUCUCUAUACACGACUUUCUCAUGGAAUUACACAAUGUUUUCGUGAUUAUGAAGCCGAAGUAAAUCAUGCUAAACGAAGAAUUACUGAUUUAAAUGAACAACAAGAACAUAUGUUAAAUGAAAAUAAACAUGUUAUUGCACAAUUAACUGAAGCUUUCGAACAGAAUACAAUAUCUGUUCGACAAGGUUAUGAAAAACAUUUAGCAAAACAACGCGAAGAAUCAUUAAAAAUUGGUCAAUCAUUAGAUAAUUAUAAAGUUGAAGUAUUAACAUUGAGAGAUUCAUAUGAAAAAAAACUUCGAGUUAAAGAUGAAUUAGUCAGUGAACUUAAUGAAAGAUUAGUUAAAAAUGAAACUGAACAAGCAACACGUCAUCAUGCACUUCAUUUAAAAAUCGAACAAUUUCAACAAAGUUUCGAAACAUUACAAGCACGUAAUAAACAUGUUGAACAGAAUAAUCAAAUUAAAAUCAAAGAAAAUCGUGAUCUUCUUACACAAAUAUCAAAUUUACAAAUGCAAAUUCAACGUUUACAACAAACAGUAACUUCAAAAGCAAAUGAAUGUAGUGAAUUAUCUCAAAAAUUAACAUUACUUUUACCUAAAUCAGCUGAAUGUGAACGUUUUGAAUCGGAAUUAAAACAAUGGUUUUUAUUAAUUUCACCUGAACACAAUACAUCAGAUUUAACUCUUGAUGUCAUGUCAUCGAUUGUUUCAUCAAAAAUUUCUUAUUUUGAAAAUUAUAAAAAACAAUUCGAUUCCAUCAAUGAAGAUUUAAAUACUGCACAUAUUUGUGAAAGUAAUCAUUUAUCUGAUCGUAUUCGUUAUCUUAUUAAUCAUAAUAAACAAAUUGAAAUUGCUCAUAAUGAUAUUAAUAAUAAAUAUCAAGCAUUAUUACUUCAAGUAAAUAUGUUAACUGGUAUUAUAAAACAACAUAGUACAGAAGUAGCCAAUCAUAAAACAAAUGAAGAACAAUUAAAAGAUUUUAAUGAACAACUUUUAAAUGAAAAUCAAAAAAUUAAACUUGAAAUACAAGAAUACCGUUCAAAAUUUCUUCAAAUAACAAAUAUAAAUAAUCAAUUAGAACAUGAAUCUGGUUUAAAUAAACAACAUACAAGAGAUGUACAAAUUCAAUUUGAAACAUUCAAAUCUGAAAAUCAAAUGUUAACAAAUGAAUUACAAACAAAACGUGAAACUAUAAAACGUUAUGAACAAGAAUUACAAUCAAUGAAACAUCUAUUCGAAAUAACAUUAAAAGAAAAACAAAUACAAAAUGAUCAAUUACAACAUGAAAGACAAUUAUUUCAAACGGAAAAUAAUGCACUUACACAAUUAGUUAUUCGUGAUGGACAUGAAAAAUCAACAAAUCAAUUAAAUUUCAAUAUAUUACAAAAAGAAAUGAUUGAUAAUGAAAUUUGUCAAUUAUCAAAUGGUUAUACUCAAGAAAAUUAUAAUCGAUUUAUUCAAAUGAAUAAACAAGAAGAUAAUGAAAUAACAGAAGAUGUUAUAUCUCGUCGAGCAACAUCAACACCAACAUUAAUUGAAAAUGAUAAUCAACAAUUACAAUCAACUAUUCAACCAUUAGGAAUAACUAAACAAAUUAAUCAAGUAUUGAAUGAUAUGAAAAAUUUAUUAACAUUUGGUCGUGAAGUUAUUGUUAAACAUGAUGAUGUUGUUCCUGAACGAGAUUUUAAAGUACGAAAAAGUAGUAAAUCACGACAUUCAAGAAAAGAACGAGCUACUGUUAUAGGCAUCGAACAGCAUUAG